CGCCUCGGAACCCGGGCUUCGGGGCGGCGGGCCCGCGCGGCCGGCCCCGGCCCAGCCAGAGGGAGAAGAUGCCUUUUCACCAUGUGACCGCUGGCCUGUUGUACAAGGGGAAUUACCUCAACCGAUCUCUCUCUGCUGGCAGCGACAGCGAGCAGCUGGCUAACAUCUCCGUGGAGGAGUUGGACGAGAUCCGAGAGGCCUUCCGGGUUCUGGACCGAGAUGGGAAUGGCUUCAUCUCCAAGCAGGAGCUGGGCAUGGCCAUGCGCUCUCUGGGGUACAUGCCGAGUGAGGUGGAGCUGGCCAUCAUCAUGCAGCGCCUGGACAUGGACGGGGACGGCCAGGUGGAUUUUGAUGAAUUCAUGACCAUUCUUGGCCCCAAACUGGUGUCUUCAGAAGGUCGCGAUGGUUUUCUUGGAAACACAAUAGACAGCAUAUUCUGGCAGUUCGACAUGCAGAGGAUAACUCUGGAAGAGUUGAAGCACAUCCUCUAUCAUGCCUUCCGGGACCACUUAACGAUGAAGGACAUUGAGAACAUCAUCAUCAACGAGGAGGAGAGCCUGAAUGAGACCUCGGGGAACUGCCAGACAGAGUUUGAGGGUGUGCAUUCCCAGAAGCAGAACAGACAGACCUGUGUCCGGAAGAGCCUCAUCUGCGCCUUCGCCAUGGCCUUCAUCAUAAGCGUCAUGCUGAUCGCGGCCAACCAGAUCCUCCGGAGCGGCAUGGAGUAGCCGCCUCCCCAGCAGCUGCGCUCCCGGCUCCGCGCAUGUGCUUGCCCCGCGGGCAGACUCGUCCUCCACAAAAGCGGAUGCGGAUGGUGCAGACGCGGCACCUUCCGGCGCAGAACCCAAGGUUGCAGUGCAACCCCGUGUCGUGGCAAACCCACUCCAUCCCCUUGGCAGGUACACAAAAGGGCUGUCUUCAAUGCUUUAAUGGUCUUGUUUCCAAAUGCAAUAAAUAGCCAGGAGUUCCGGACGACCGCUUCAAACGCCGGUAGGACCUCGUAAAGAGAAACUUAACGUUCAUCUCGGAAUUCCCAUGGCCAUCCAGGUUGGUGGUGUGAGGGAGCAAGAGAGAGGCUGACCACGCAGUCACCACGGCGCCCCCUUCGUUCUCCCCAGGGGUCAACUGGAGACUCCCCCCCACCUCCACCCCCACCCCAGGGCGACCCUCAAGUCCCAAGAGGCUGGCUUCGGGGUUGUUGCAGAAGUGGACGUUCCCAUCCCACCCUGGCUUCCUUCCUCCACCCAGUGGAGCCCCCUCCCCGCCCAGACGUGAGGGGAAAGCCAUUGAAGGGGGUGCAUCGCCCCAGCGGUCUGCCAGGUGCACCCCCUCCGCUUCCGGUCUACUGCCUUUUCUACGGGACUCUUGUUGGCAGAGUUGGGGAGCUCUCGGUUUCCGUCGGCACUUGGCUUUCUGUUCCUAGAGCACAUCGCGCACCAGCAUUUUGGAAUCUGCAGAGAGCCUUUCUCCCAGCUUUGCCGCCUGUGCUGCCAUUUAGACAACAGAGAAGCAUAGCCGUGGGCAUCUCUAUAACCUAGACAGACAGACGUAUCUAUCGGGCUUCUUCAGGUGUGACAUCCAUCCAUCGUCCCUCAUCGCUUUACUGCUGAUAGAAGCCUGUCCUCCGACGCACAUCCCUGCCUCUUGGCAGGGUCGUUUGGGGACGGGGAGGGGCCGCGGCUGGUGGUGAAAGAGGUGUUUGUUGCAAGUCACGCCCCAGCUGUUCAGAGUGAUGGAGUCUGAACACAUCACCAUGUGUAAGAGACCUCUGUAAGUCAAGGUCCUUGUGCCUCUCACCUUUCUCUCAUCUUCAGAUUUGCUUUGUUAGUCUGUCUUUCCCAGAUAGAGAGAGAAACACCAUCCCAACGGGAAAGAUGGAAGGAUCCAACCAUUGUAUUUUAUGCAACGUGGUCCUGCAGUUGGAUUCUGCAACUGACUCAUUUUCACGAGAAAACAAAAAGAUGCUAAUAAGCUCAGCCGACUCCACAAGUAAAACACUUCUGUUGGGGAAGGGAAGUGAAGCCAACCCCAUCUCAAGUCUCUGAUUUCCGGACUUUUCCUAGUUGCCAUAUCCAUCGCCGUCACUCACCCAAGCUCGAGUAGUCUGAUUAGCCAGUAAUCUUUCGUAGUAGUACUUUCCUUUGUACGUUUCCAAGCUCAGGUCUUGAUUUCUGUGGUGGGACUGUCUUGCUCCUCUUUCUUUCCAUUGCAUCCUAGAGCUACAAGAUUAUCCUCCCUCCCUUUUCCCUUUUCAUUCAGUAUGGAAGUGCCAGACUCCUCUUUUGCUGCACCAAGUGGUUUUGGGGUUGUGGUGUGUGUUUUGGAAUCCCUCCUCAAGCCUCCCGUCCCUUUCUGCCCUCUUCCUCUCGUCUUCUCAGAGUUGGAGCGUUGAAGCUGUCAGCUUGGGGUCUUCUUCCAAAUUACCCCUGCAAGCACUUUGGACAACAGCCCGGGAGCAGCUCUCAAAAUUUCCCCACUGCAAAUAUCCACAAUGAGCACAAGUAGAAAUAGGGUUUGAGCCAUAGCGUGGAGGGAGGAGCAGGAGUCAGCUCCCUGGAGCCUGGGAGGUUGUGAGUGAGUCCCUCUGUGAAAAUGCCUGGGGUCCCCCACAUCCAGGCCAAGUAAGGCAGUGACUUGCCCGUCCCUCUUGCUCGCCCAGCCCUGCCAGACACUGUGUGUCUGUCUGCCUGCCUCUCCUCUCCCCUCUUGCCUAACUCACCUCCAUCCCUCAGGACCAGACUUCAGAACAAGAACAGGUGCAAAUGCAGAAUAUGAAUGUGCAGGACA